UUUCUUUCGAGUGACCAGAAAGUGUUCAAGAAUGUGAAAGUCUGUCUAAAUUAAUCUUGUAUAUAUACACUUCAACCCUGAAUUCCAAUUCAUUCUCCGAGUCAACUCAGAUCUCUGUACACACCAUCUAAGGCAGCCGCAGAUGAUCUUUUACUGAAGAAAUGAAGUUUACAAAAUAGGAAUCGAAGGAUGAAGAAGAAAGGAGAAAUGAAAAAGGUUAAGAAGGUGAAAGGCAAGGUCCACGAUGGCGAACACGAUGAUCCUUGGUGGUCACUAGUUCAAAACGGGAUCAAACCCUCGUUCCUUUGUAUAUCAAUAUUCGCUCUAUUGGUUCGCGUCGCCGUUGGGCUUCAUCCAUAUUCCGGCGCCAAUACUCCACCCAAGUUCGGCGAUUACGAGGCGCAAAGGCAUUGGAUGGAAAUCACUCUUAAUCUUCAACCAAAAGACUGGUAUCGUAACAGUAGUGUUAACGAUCUUUCUUAUUGGGGCCUUGAUUAUCCGCCAUUAACUGCCUACCAAAGUUACAUCCAUGGGGUUUUCCUUAAAACCUUCGAUCCCGAUUCCGUUGCACUUUUCACCUCAGGAGGCUAUGAAUCUUACAUUGGGAAAUUGCUAAUGAGGUGGACUGUUUUAUCUUCCGAUGUGCUGGUAUUCUUCCCGGCAUCUCUUUAUUUUGUGUUUGUGUAUUCGAUUCGGCUUGGCACAGGCCGAAACAGCGAUGUAGCUUGGCACAUUUCAAUGGUUCUGCUGAACCCAUGCCUGAUCUUGAUUGACCAUGGUCAUUUUCAGUAUAAUUGUAUCAGCUUGGGUCUUACCAUGGCUGCCAUUGCUGCAGUACUCUCUCAGAAGGACCUUGUGGCUUCUGUGCUGUAUUGUCUUGCUCUCAACCAUAAACAGAUGAGUGCAUAUUUUGCACCUGCCUUUUUUAGCUAUCUGUUGGGCAAAUGCCUGAAGAAUAAAAAUCCACUGGUCGACUUGGCAAAGCUGGGAUUGAUGGUUAUAGGAACGUUUGCUGUUGUCUGGUGGCCAUAUCUUCAGUCAAAAGAGGCUGCUUUGACUGUUAUAUCUCGUCUUGCACCAUUUGAGAGAGGGAUAUACGAGGAUUACGUGGCUAAUUUUUGGUGCACCAGUUCCGUGCUGGUGAAAUGGAAAAAGUUAUACACUACACAAUCAUCAAGGAUUUUUAGCCUUACCGCAACCCUUUUAACAUGUCUGCCCUCAAUGGUUCAACAAGUCCUUGUUCCGAGUCGUAAGGGCUUUCUCUAUGCAUUGCUUAAUAGUUCUUUCUCGUUCUACUUGUUCUCUUACCAAGUGCAUGAGAAGUCUAUUCUGCUUCCGCUUCUGCCUCUUGCCCUAUUAGCUUUGGAAGAGCGUCGCUCGUUACUCUGGCUAACACAUUUUGCAAUGUUCUCUAUGCUUCCUCUUUUACAUCGAGACAAACUGAUUCUACCGUACAUGGCAAUUUACACUCUCUUCAUCCUUGUCUAUUUUGCACCUGAUGGUCCAGGUGCGCGAUGCAAUGGCAGCAAGACUCUCGAUCAUAGCCCAAAGAAGACCAGGAGAGGCAUGGAAUUCAUUUCUUUCAUCGCUUUCCACCCGUUUGUAAUGGGCUUUCUGGGUUUGUGUUCUCUGAUUCUGCAUGUUAUUUAUCUAACCAUGCAUCCUCCGAAUAGGUACCCUUUCCUCUUUGAAGCAGUGAUCAUGCUUAUCUGUUUCUCUCAGUUUGUUUUAUUCACUCUUUACUUCAAUUCGAAGCAGUGGAUGUUAUCGAAACAUGUAACAUCACAAGAUAAACAGAAGCUUAUUUGAUCAUUACACCAACAUUAGUGACAUGAGAACACAUCUGAUUUUUAUUGGAAUGGAGCGGCAGACUGAUUUGUUAGUAAUUGGUUUUGCAUGCGUGCAUAUGUAUGUUUCAUGAUGAAUAGAGCUUGCCGAGUGGUCUGCCUCAGGAUGGACGGAGGGGUGCAGGGGUGUGAUCACACCACUUGAUAAUUUGAAAUUUUCAUAUAAUUUAAGUUUUUUGUAUUUCUUAUUGAUGAUCUAAUUUUGUACUCUAAAUUUUUAAUAUAAUUUUCUAAAUAUGAUCUCUUAUAUAUCU